AUGACUUUGACCUUUGGGAAACUUCUCGGUCGAUUCCCAGUUGUCGUCAGGACCAAUGGGCAAAGUCUACCACGCUAUCAUCAUGCAGGUUCUCGGCCACUCGUCCUCGGACGAGCACCGGCAGGCUUUGUUGACCGUAUAGUUCUGCGCCGGGCUUAUUCGGACCACAAGCGACUAGACUUGCCGGCACUCGACCGCAAAUGGAGAGAAAGAUGGGCUUUCGAGAAAAGUGGAGUCCGUACUGCAGGUUCAAGUCCUGCACAGGACUCGGGUUCUACGCAACCUGAGCCGGACACUUAUGUCUUGCCCAUGUUCCCAUACCCGUCUGGCUAUCUCCACCUGGGCCAUCUCAGGGUGUAUACCAUAGCAGAUGUUAUAGCUCGCUUUCGCACCCUUCAGGGGAAAAAGGUUAUGUUGCCCAUGGGCUGGGACGCCUUUGGCCUUCCCGCUGAAAACGCUGCCAUUGAGAGAGGUAUUGAUCCGGCUGUAUGGACCAAGUCCAAUAUAGCCAGGAUGAAGGAGCAACUGGACGUCAUGAACUCGUCCUGGGACUGGUCCCGGAAAGGACUCGCUUACCAAGCCGAGGCGGAAGUCAACUAUGAUCCAGUUGACAAGACAGUACUCGCCAACGAACAGGUAGAUGCUAAUGGGUGCUCCUGGCGGUCCGGCGCCAAGGUUGAAAAGCGUCGCUUGAGGCAGUGGUUCCUCAAAAUUUCCGAGUUCCGCGAGCCCCUGCUGCAAGACCUCAACGUCCUCGCCAAAGACGAUGCUUGGCCCGAAAGAGUCUUGACGCAACAGAGGCAUUGGCUGGGCAAGUCCACUGGCGCCCUGGUCAAAUUUCCCAUAUUGGCCGGUGGCAAUGACGUCCACCGUGCCAUUGAGGUUUUCACUACCAGGCCUGACACCCUGUUUGGGGUGCAGUACCUUGCUCUGGCCUCCACUCACCCUGUUGUACUUGACUUGGCGAAACAAGACCCUGAGCUUCAAGCUUUCCUCGAUACCCUCCCGGGACUACCCCCAGAUUCGAAAGUCGGGUACCUACUGCCAAACCUCCGAGCUAUAAAUCCUCUUGCCUACCAUGAGGACACGCCGAAUGCCACCAAGACCUCCAUACCCAUCUAUGUCGCCCCUUAUGUACUGGGAGACUACGGCGAAGGAGCUGUGAUGGGUGUUCCAGGGCAUGAUGCACGGGACCAUGCUUUUUGGCAGACGCAUCGCUCGGGGGAGCCCAUCCGUGUCGUUCUCGCAGCCUCGGAAGAUGAAUCCACCACGGCGUUCCUCACCGAGCCUUUCCUUGACCAUGGUGUUAUGACGGCGGCAGGGGGUCCUUUCCAGGGCAAGCCGUCCCAAGAAGCCGGUGGCAUGAUGGUGCGUAUGCUCGAACAGGCAGGCCUGGCCAAGCCGGUCGAGAAGUGGCGUCUUCGCGACUGGCUUAUCAGUCGUCAGCGGUAUUGGGGAGCGCCCAUACCCAUAAUCCAUUGCAAGUCUUGCGGAGAAGUCCCCGUGCCAGACGAGCAGCUCCCUGUGGAGUUACCGCAAGUCGACGGGCAUUGGGCCGAGCGGAAAGCUGGAAAUCCGCUCGAGACGGCCAAGGAAUGGGUCGAGACAACAUGCCCCAGAUGCAGUGGGCCAGCGAGGCGCGAUACAGAUACCAUGGACACCUUUGUUGAUUCGAGCUGGUACUACAUGCGCUUCAUCGAUCCGCACAACAAUGCCGAGCCUUUCUCGGUCGAAAAGGCAAAGGCUCUUUUACCUGUAGAUCUGUAUAUUGGGGGCGUGGAGCAUGCUAUUUUGCAUCUUCUCUACGCUCGUUUCAUUUACAAGUUCCUGAUGUCGUCUUCGCUUGCGCCAACUUCUGAUUCGGCCAAGGAAGUCAACACCGUCCACGAGCCCUUCAAGAGACUUAUUACCCAGGGCAUGGUUCAUGGCAAAACAUUCAGCGAUCCUGCCACAGGUCGCUUCUUGAAGCCAGGCGAGUAUGACCUGACGAACCCUGGACGGCCGCUUGUCAAAGCCACCGGCGAGCCAGCGUUGGUGACGUACGAGAAAAUGUCAAAGUCCAAGCACAAUGGUGUCGACCCGACAGACUUCAUCGCGCAGUACGGUGCAGAUGCAACACGCGCCCACAUGCUGUUCCAAGCGCCAGUCUCCGACGUUCUCAACUGGGACGAGAAUAAGAUUUCGGGCGUAACCAGGUGGCUCGGCAAGCUCUACGAGGCGGUCCAACGGCUUGAGGGUCGCGCAACCAGUGCCGAUGCUUCACCAAGGGCAUACUUGGAGCAAACAAGGGGAAACCCAAGCUGGGAUGCUGAUGUGACUAUCUGGCGCCAUGUGCAACAGAUAAUCCCGUCGGUUACGGCCUCGUAUGAACGGGUUUACUCGUUGAACACGGUUGUUUCGGAUCUCAUGGGCCUCACUAACACCAUUCUCGCAAACCGGGACGUUGCCAGCGAAACGAUUCAGGCUGCUGCAGCGUCUGUCUUGCUGCGCAUGCUUGCGCCAAUCACACCCGCAUUUGCGGAUGAGUGCUGGAGCAUCUUGCACUCAUUGUCGGCGGAAUCCAUCUUUUCCGGCUCGUCCUUCCCAGAGACCGAUGGAUCUCUGGAUGUGCUUCAGCCGAGCACGCAGAAGUGCGCUGUUCAGAUCAACGGAAAGCUUGCUGUCGUGGCGGAAAUUCCACAGCCGCCGGCCGAUCUCAAGGACAACAAGGCUGUCGAGGAAUGGAUUGUCAAGCAGAUCCUUGAGAGCGAGAGCGUUGAAGUCAAAGAGAAGCUGGCGCGCAAGCAAGGGUUGGCUAAUGCCAAAGCCAUUGUGAUCCGGGGCGGGAAACUUGUAAACUUUGUGCUACCAAAGUAG